AUGAUUGCGGUAACUCUCAUGUAUCGGACUCAUCUGGAGUACAGAAUUACAUCUCAUGCGGCCCUACACUACGAAUAUGCGCUGUGCGGUCUCAGACAAGCCCUUAGCAUGAUAGAGAAUGAGCAGAAUUCAGGGCAAUUAGACUCGAUUCUUGCUUCGCUAUUCAUGCUCAUAUGGUUCGAAAUUUUGGCCCGCGACUGGCACAAGUGGAAUGUGCAUCUUCAAAUUCUCACGCAUUUAAUUACCAGUCUCGAUGGUGCACGAGCAUUCGACUCCCGCUUUCGGAGACGCUUGAUCUUAGCCACGGCCAGGCUUGAGGUACCCAAUAUGCUAUGGACGCUGCAUCCCCCAAUUUUAGGUUCUCGACUGUAUGAACAAAUGCUGUUUUCAUAUCAACCGUACCCUGAGGACGACAUGGAGGAUGCCGCCGUCCUGGCCUUCCAUCGUCUCCAUGUGAUCAUGGCUCGGUUUGCGAUUCCUUACGCGGAUUGGAUGCGUGGCGGUUUAACCAGAUCGGCUGUUCGAGCUUGCAUGGCGGAUAUCCUGGAGCAACUCAAGGAGUGGCAUUACAACCUCCCUUUUCCCCUGCAGCGACUCGGUAACCCUUCUUCACUUACUACGCGUCCCAGAACCCCACUCCAGACGACCCUUUUCAUCCAUUAUCUCUCAACAAAGCUCUUUGUCAUGCAUGUCCUCGACCCUAAUUGCUCGGUGCCCGGAGACUCUGCCUACCAAUUUUGCCGCGAAGUGUCAUGGGAUAUCUGUCGGCUUGUUGCAGACCUAGGACCUCCGGAGAAGCGCAGUACUGCCUCAUUCCGAGGUGACGUUGGUGUCAUACUUCCCUUAGCUGUAGUGAGCAUGUUUCUACGUGAGGAGGCUGAGCGCGCGUGGAUUUGUCAGUGGGCGCGCCGCGUGGACCAGGAGGGUAUGUGGUGUGGAAGACGGAGGAGCAUGAUCAUUGAGGCAUGGGCCAUAUGUGCUCAGGAACACAGCCUUGCUCUCCCAUUUCAUACGAUGGUUGGGCAAGACAAUAUCCACUGGAAACCAGGGCAAAAGCUCAAAGUCUCUAUCAUGACCUACGAUGCCGCCCAGGACUGGCGGUCGUCUGUUGAAGUUUACAUGGAUGAUGAAGAUCCACCAGCGACGUCUGUAUGA